CUGUGAGUUCAGCAUAUGGCAACACUGGAUAUAACCUACAUACGUUUCAAUUCACGUAUAUCAACCAAUAUCAACGUGAUAUCAACAAUAAAUAAACAGCGUUUAUCUUUGUAUUAUAUUCGUGUAAAAUUCUAAACACGAGUGCGUGCAUCUUACGAACGAUAAAAUAGCAGCGCAGUGUUAUUGAAUAUCUAUUUUCCAUUUGGGAAUAGUUAAAAUGUAAAAAAAAAGCUUUUUGUUUAAGAAACAUCUUAGAUCACUCCUGAAUAAUAAGAGAUAGAAACUUAUUUUUUUACUAUGUAUCAAACCUUUGAUAAUUACUCUUUCCCUCCAAGAUCAAGCUGCAACAGAAACGGAGAAUUUGAAGAUGAACUGAAUGAUCUUUUCAAUAAAAAGUUUCAGUUUAGAUUUGAUAGCCACUGGAACUUGCCGGAUCUAAAUCACUGGUUUUCUUCUCCGCCUUGGAAGGUAAAAGAAUUAGAAAAUUUGAAAUCCCGCUUGAACUUUCACAAGAGUCAGUUAAAUGAUUUUAACAUUGAAGAGUGGAGUAGUCAUACGAGGCGACGAAAUCCAGCUGGUGAAGUGGGAUGGAAAAUUCGAUGCCUGAUCAACCCAGAGUUCCUAACUCAAGCUUGGACAAAGUUUUACGAAUGUGCCUCUACUUACAGAAUAAUACCAGAACAGGCAAUGGUUGAGCAAAAGAUGGUGUCACUGCAUUUAUGUGAAGCACCCGGUGCAUUUAUAACCUCAUUGAAUCAUUUUUUAAAAUUAAAUUACCCAAGCAUUACUUGGAAAUGGGUAGCAAAUACUUUAAACCCUUAUUACGAAGGCAACUCCCCAUCCAGUAUGAUUAGUGAUGACCGAUUCAUGUUUCACACUCUGAACAAUUGGGAUUUUGGUGCUGAUAACACAGGAAACCUUAUGAACUGGGAAAACUCUCAGGCUACUGUGAAAAAAGUCAAAUCUUUGGGGAAGGUGCUGUUGGUGACCGCUGAUGGUUCUAUUGAUUGUAUGCAGAGGCCAGAUGCACAAGAGGAAGUCACUUCACCCCUGCACUACUGUGAGAUUGUCACUGCGCUGCAGGCUCUUAGCCCUGGUGGAACAUUUAUUUUUAAGUUAUUUACAAUAUUUGAGCAUUUCACUGUGAGUCUGCUCUAUUUCAUCAAUGGCCUGUUUACAGAGGUUAAUAUUUAUAAACCGGUGACAUCACGUCAAGGUAACUCUGAGGUCUAUGCUGUAUGUCUAGAGUAUAGAGGAAUAGAAGAUUUGGAAACAUAUCUACCUAUCCUUAAAUCUGCUUUUGGAACACCAUUUUAUGGAAACCUGGCAUUGUUUCCACUAGACUUGAUACCAGAUAGUUUUUUGAAACAAAUAGAGGAGUGUGCUGCUUAUUUCUGCUCAAUGCAGUGUCAAGUUAUCAAUAAUAACCUUCAAGCUUAUCUAAUGCAGAAAAAUAUUGCUCUUCAUAGUGAUAUCAAGCAUAUAAGGGCACUCGUAGCCGCAGAGUUUAUUUGGCAGUAUGGUCUGAAGCAAUUAGGAAGAGACCAAGAGAUUUUGAAAGGUGCUCUGCAUGAAGAGAACAAGGUGAACAUGAAUCCUAGAUAUCACAGAGGUUCAUAUACUGAGCGACAGUUGUAUACAAAGUCAUCAUUGAAGGAGAAGUCAAAAAAUUUGAACUCUUUUCUGCAGGCUGAAAUUUUGUCAAAUCCUUUAAUCUUGAUCAAUGAACAAGUUAAAUGGCUCUCAUUUUAUGAAGAACAUUAUGUAUUAAAUUUAGUCUUUACGAAUGGACUUCCUCUACAAAAAAUUAACAGUUCUAAAUUUAUAUUUGUGCCAAUAUUCAGAUUGUAUCAACAAAUCAUGGCAGAAGAUGAAUUUAAGGAAAUUAUCUUCAGUAAAGGUGUUAGUAAUCUAUCACUACAAGCAAAAUUAAGUAAUUUAAAUAUCAAAUAUCAUAAAGUGCUUUGCCUGCCAGAAUUUGACCAUUCUGAAUGUUAUAGUGUAUUUGAGAAAAGAUGUUUAAAUACUUUAAUGACUACAUUGAAAAUGUUAGCAGUUGGUGAGACGCUGGUAGUGCAAAACCUUAAUCUGUUGACUCAUUUCAAUGUCAGUAUCUUGUACAUUAUAUCCAAGAAAUGUUUUGAAAAGACUGGAUUCACUGCAUGUGAUAGUAUUGUCUUAUUCAAUUUUGUGAACAAAUCUUCACUGAAAUAUUUAGAUUCUAUACACACUGAAUGUGAUAAAUUGCAGAGUAGUGACAUGUUUGAUGUAUUGAACACUCUUCCAGUACAAACAACUAAUGUCGGAGAAUUUUUCAAUAACAUUGUGUUUUACAAUAACACAUUUUACAGGAACAAAUGUACAGAAUGUCUUAUUACUAUUGAGCAAAAUGUUUAAAUUCUAGUCAGCUACCAUCAUUACUUACCAGAGAAGUACCCAAUUCAAGAGUUAUUUAACUUUAUUAAAAAAUAAUAAUAAAUAUUUGUAACUGAAUCAGUGAUCAAGGUUACAGUUUGGCUCCAACACUCUACCUUCAUGUAGAACAUAUUUAUACUGUUUCUUUCUCAGUGUCUAUUAUUUUACAGUGUUGUCCUUUAAUGUUGUGAUAUAAUAAAGAAUAUUUAUGACAUUUUAAAAAUCAGUUUUACUUGUUCACCAUUAAAAAUACUAGCGCGGGCAUCCCCGC